AUGGAACUCAUGGCCAGUACAAAUAAUGUGACUGAGUUAAUUCUCACUGGCCUUUUCCAGGAUCCAGAAAUUCAGAGAGUGUGCUUUGUGGUGUUUCCUCCCAUGUACCUGGCCACGGUGGGGGGCAAUGGCCUCAUUGUGUUGACACUCAGUGUCAGCCAGAGUCUGCGUUCCCCCAUGUACUUCUUCCUUAGCUACUUGUCCUUGGUAGAGAUCAGUUAUUCCUCCACUGUUUUCCCUAAGUUCAUCGCAGACUUAAUGACCAAGAUUAAAACCAUUUCCCUGGAGGGCUGUCUGGCUCAGAUAUUCUUCUUCCAUUUCUUUGGGGUCACUGAGAUACUUUUGCUUGUGGUGAUGGCUUAUGACCACUAUGUAGCCAUCUGCAAGCCUCUUCAUUAUGUGAACAUCAUCAGCCGUCAACUGUGUCAUGUACUAGUGGCUGGUUCCUGGCUGGGCGGCUUUUUACACUCCAUAAUUCAGAUUGUUCUCACCAUCCCGUUGCCCUUCUGUGGCCCCAACGUAAUUGACUACUACUUCUGUGACCUUCAACCAUUAUUCAAGCUUGCCUGCACUGACAUCUUUGUGGAGGGGGUGACUGUAUUGGCCAACAGUGGCUUAAUUUCCUUGUGCUCCUUGCUCAUCUUGUCCUCCUAUAUUGUCAUCUUGGUCAACUUGAGGAAUCAUUCUGCAGAAGGGAGGUGCAAAGCCCUCUCUACGUGUGCCUCCCACAUCACAGUGGUCAUCUUGUUCUUUGGACCUGCCACGUUACUCUACAUGCGGCGAUCUUCUACUUUCACUGCAGAUAUACUAGUGGCUGUGUUCUACACAGCCAUCACCCCCAUGCUGAACCCCAUCAUCUACACACUCAGAAAAGCAGAGGUGAAAGUUGCUAUCAGGAGGUUGUGGAGUAAGAAGAACUCAGGUGUGGAGUGA